AAUGUCCCCCAAACUUUCCCAGGAACCAAACGCGAAUCGAUCGUCUCUCUCACUUCACUUCCUUGCCCCCUGAUUGUUUCUCACUUCACACGCCGCCGCCGCCGUGGGCGCCGCCGUCGCCGUCUUCUCUCUCUCUCUCUAUCCGCGUAUUGAGCCGAUAGUUGCUGGUAAUACAAUCAUUAGGAAUCCUCAACAAUGGGGGCGGGGAGGGAGGCAUCGAUAUCCCUGGACGGAGUCCGAGACAAGAACGUGAUGCAACUGAAGAAGCUUAAUACCGCCCUCUUCCCCGUGCGCUACAAUGACAAGUAUUACGCCGACGCCAUCUCCUCCGGUGAUUUUACCAAGCUAGCUUACUACAAUGAUAUUUGUGUUGGAUCAAUUGCCUGCCGACUUGAGAAGAAGGAAAGUGGGGCCAUCCGUGUGUAUAUAAUGACAUUGGGUGUUUUAGCGCCAUAUCGUGGGCUGGGCAUUGGUACAAAGCUGUUGAAUCACGUUACCAAUCUCUGCUCCAAACAGAACAUCUCGGAGAUAUACCUGCACGUGCAGACCAACAAUGAGGAUGCCAUCAGCUUCUACAAGAAGUUUGGAUUUGAGAUCGCGGACACCAUCAAGAACUACUACACCAAUAUUACCCCACCUGACUGCUAUGUCCUCGCCAAGUACACCUCCCAGUCUCAAGCGAAGAAGUGACAGCCUUCCCUGCCACUGGUGAUUUGAUGGGGAAGAUCUCUUUAGCCCCAAGCCAUAUAAACUGAGUUUAGUUUUGUCCCCGCAUAUGUGCCUGAAGUUUUUGGAUUCACUUGAUUUUUUGUUUACACUAGAUCAAUGCAUCUGAUGAUCUGAAUGAAAUGGCUUCUAUUAAUUGUUUGCAGCAAUUAGAAACUGUCUGUGUUGAAGUGGGUUCCUAGUUUGAUGAGAGUAAGCAAUUUUGGAGUGAGUAUAUGUUCUGAA